AUGCCUCACAUCCCGCUGACACCUCGAGAGGCAGGCGGAGUUCAUUGCUUCAAAAGGCUCAAGACGUAUGCCAACUUUCCAGUAGCACCUCAGGAGGAGGCUUCUCUCAGCAAUAGGCUCAAGACGUAUGCCAACUUUCCAGAAGCACCUCAGGAGGAGGCUUCUCUCAGCAAUAGGCUCAAGACGUAUGCCAACUUUCCAGUAGCACCUCAGGAGGAGGCUUCUCUCAGCAAUAGGCUCAAGACGUAUGCCAACUUUCCAGAAGCACCUCAGGAGGAGGCUUCUCUCAGCAAUAGGCUCAAGACGUAUGCCAACUUUCCAGUAGCACCUCAGGAGGAGGCUUCUCUCAGCAAUAGGCUCAAGACGUAUGUCAACUUUCCAGAAGCACCUCAGGAGGAGGCUUCUCUCAGCAAUAGGCUCAAGACGUAUGCCAACUUUCCAGAAGCACCUCAGGAGGAGGCUUCUCUCAGCAAUAGGCUCAAGACGUAUGCCAACUUUCCAGAAGCACCUCACGAGGAGGCUUCUCUCAGCAAUAGGCUCAAGACGUAUGCCAACUUUCCAGAAGCACCUCAGGAGGAGGCUUCUCUCAGCAAUAGGCUCAAGACGUAUGCCAACUUUCCAGAAGCACCUCAGGAGGAGGCUUCUCUCAGCAAUAGGCUCAAGACGUAUGCCAACUUUCCAGAAGCACCUCAGGAGGAGGCUUCUCUCAGCAAUAGGCUCAAGACGUAUGCCAACUUUCCAGAAGCACCUCAGGAGGAGGCUUCUCUCAGCAAUAGGCUCAAGACGUAUGCCAACUUUCCAGAAGCACCUCAGGAGGAGACUUCUCUCAGCAAUAGGCUCAAGACGUAUGCCAACUUUCCAGAAGCACCUCAGGAGGAGGCUUCUCUCAGCAAUAGGCUCAAGACGUAUGCCAACUUUCCAGAAGCACCUCAGGAGGAGGCUUCUCUCAGCAAUAGGCUCAAGACGUAUGCCAACUUUCCAGAAGCACCUCAGGAGGAGGCUUCUCUCAGCAAUAGGCUCAAGACGUAUGCCAACUUUCCAGAAGCACCUCAGGAGGAGGCUUCUCUCAGCAAUAGGCUCAAGACGUAUGCCAACUUUCCAGAAGCACCUCAGGAGGAGGCUUCUCUCAGCAAUAGGCUCAAGACGUAUGCCAACUUUCCAGAAGCACCUCAGGAGGAGGCUUCUCUCAGCAAUAGGCUCAAGACGUAUGCCAACUUUCCAGAAGCACCUCAGGAGGAGGCUUCUCUCAGCAAUAGGCUCAAGACGUAUGCCAACAUUCCAGAAGCACCUCAGGAGGAGGCUUCUCUCAGCAAUAGGCUCAAGACGUAUGCCAACUUUCCAGAAGCACCUCAGGAGGAGGCUUCUCUCAGCAAUAGGCUCAAGACGUAUGCCAACUUUCCAGAAGCACCUCAGGAGGAGGCUUCUCUCAGCAAUAGGCUCAAGACGUAUGCCAACUUUCCAGAAGCACCUCAGGAGGAGGCUUCUCUCAGCAAUAGGCUCAAGACGUAUGCCAACUUUCCAGAAGCACCUCAGGAGGAGGCUUCUCUCAGCAAUAGGCUCAAGACGUAUGCCAACUUUCCAGAAGCACCUCAGGAGGAGGCUUCUCUCAGCAAUAGGCUCAAGACGUAUGCCAACUUUCCAGAAGCACCUCAGGAGGAGGCUUCUCUCAGCAAUAGGCUCAAGACGUAUGCCAACUUUCCAGAAGCACCUCAGGAGGAGGCUUCUCUCAGCAAUAGGCUCAAGACGUAUGCCAACUUUCCAGAAGCACCUCAGGAGGAGGCUUCUCUCAGCAAUAGGCUCAAGACGUAUGCCAACUUUACAGAAGCACCUCAGGAGGAGGCUUCUCUCAGCAAUAGGCUCAAGACGUAUGCCAACUUUCCAAAAGCACCUCAGGAGGAGGCUUCUCUCAGCAAUAGGCUCAAGACGUAUGCCAACUUUCCAGAAGCACCUCAGGAGGAGGCUUCUCUCAGCAAUAGGCUCAAGACGUAUGCCAACUUUCCAGAAGCACCUCAGGAGGAGGCUUCUCUCAGCAAUAGGCUCAAGACGUAUGCCAACUUUCCAGAAGCACCUCAGGAGGAGGCUUCUCUCAGCAAUAGGCUCAAGACGUAUGCCAACUUUCCAACAGCAGCUCAGGAGGAGGCUUCUCUCAGCAAUAGGCUCAAGACGUAUGCCAACUUUCCAGAAGCACCUCAGGAGGAGGCUUCUCUCAGCAAUAGGCUCAAGACGUAUGCCAACUUUCCAGAAGCACCUCAGGAGGAGGCUUCUCUCAGCAAUAGGCUCAAGACGUAUGCCAACUUUCCAGAAGCACUUCAGGAGGAGGCUUCUCUCAGCAAUAGGCUCAAGACGUAUGCCAACUUUCCAGAAGCACCUCAGGAGGAGGCUUCUCUCAGCAAUAGGCUCAAGACGUAUGCCAACUUUCCAGAAGCACCUCAGGAGGAGGAUUCUCUCAGCAAUAGGCUCAAGACGUAUGCCAACUUUCCAGAAGCACCUCAGGAGGAGGCUUCUCUCAGCAAUAGGCUCAAGACGUAUGCCAACUUUCCAGAAGCACCUCAGGAGGAGGCUUCUCUCAACAAUAGGCUCAAGACGUAUGCCAACUUUCCAGAAGCACCUCAGGAGGAGGCUUCUCUCAGCAAUAGGCUCAAGACGUAUGGCAACUUUCCAGAAGCACCUCAGGAGGAGGCUUCUCUCAGCAAUAGGCUCAAGACGUAUGCCAACUUUCCAGAAGCACCUCAGGAGGAGGCUUCUCUCAGCAAUAGGCUCAAGACGUAUGCCAACUUUCCAGAAGCACCUCAGGAGGAGGCUUCUCUCAGCAAUAGGCUCAAGACGUAUGCCAACUUUCCAGAAGCACCUCAGGAGGAGGCUUCUCUCAGCAAUAGGCUCAAGACGUAUGCCAACUUUCCAGAAGCACCUCAGGAGGAGGCUUCUCUCAGCAAUAGGCUCAAGACGUAUGCCAACUUUCCAGAAGCACCUCAGGAGGAGGCUUCUCUCAGCAAUAGGCUCAAGACGUAUGCCAACUUUCCAGAAGCACCUCAGGAGGAGGCUUCUCUCAGCAAUAGGCUCAAGACGUAUGCCAACUUUCCAGAAGCACCUCAGGAGGAGGCUUCUCUCAGCAAUAGGCUCAAGACGUAUGCCAACUUUCCAGAAGCACCUCAGGAGGAGGCUUCUCUCAGCAAUAGGCUCAAGACGUAUGCCAACUUUACAGAAGCACCUCAGGAGGAGGCUUCUCUCAGCAAUAGGCUCAAGACAUAUGCCAACUUUCCAGAAGCACCUCAGGAGGAGGCUUCUCUCAGCAAUAGGCUCAAGACGUAUGCCAACUUUCCAGAAGCACCUCAGGAGGAGGCUUCUCUCAGCAAUAGGGUCAAGACGUAUGCCAACUUUCUGGAAGCACCUCAGGAGGAGGCUUCUCUCAGCAAUAGGCUCAAGACGUAUGCCAACUUUCCAGAAGCACCUCAGGAGGAGGCUUCUCUCAGCAAUAGGCUCAAGACGUAUGACAACUUUCCAGAAGCACCUCAGGAGGAGGCUUCUCUCAGCAAUAGGCUCAAGACGUAUGCCAACUUUCCAGAAGCACCUCAGGAGGAGGCUUCUCUCAGCAAUAGGCUCAAGACGUAUGCCAACUUACCAGAAGCACCUCAGGAGGAGGCUUCUCUCAGCAAUAGGCUCAAGACGUAUGCCAACUUUCCAGAAACACCUCAGGAGGAGGCUUCUCUCAGCAAUAGGCUCAAGACGUAUGCCAACUUUCCAGAAGCACCUCAGGAGGAGGCUUCUCUCAGCAAUAGGCUCAAGACGUAUGCCAACUUUCCAGAAGCACCUCAGGAUGAGGCUUCUCUCAGCAAUAGGCUCAAGACGUAUGCCAACUUUCCAGAAGCACCUCAGGAUGAGGCUUCUCUCAGCAAUAGGCUCAAGACGUAUGCCAACUUUCCAGAAGCACCUCAGGAGGAGGCUUCUCUCAACAAUAGGCUCAAGACGUAUGCCAACUUACCAGAAGCACCUCAGGAGGAGGCUUCUCUCAGCAAUAGGCUCAAGACCUAUGCCAACUUUCCAGAAGCACCUCAGGAGGAGGCUUCUCUCAGCAAUAGGCUCAAGACGUAUGCCAACCUUCCAGAAGCACCUAAGGAGGAGGCUUCUCUCAGCAAUAGGCUCAAGACGUAUGCCAACUUUCCAGAAGCACCUCAGGAGGAGGCUUCUCUCAGCAAUAGGCUCAAGACGUAUGCCAACUUUCCAGAAGCACCUCAGGAGGAGGCUUCUCUCAGCAAUAGGAUCAAGACGUAUGCCAACUUUCUGGAAGCACCUCAGGAGGAGGCUUCUCUCAGCAAUAGGCUCAAGACGUAUGCCAACUUUCCAGAAGCACCUCAGGAGGAGGCUUCUCUCAGCAAUAGGAUCAAGACGUAUGCCAACUUUCCGGAUGCACCUCAGGAGGAGGCUUCUCUCAGCAAUAGGCUCAAGACGUAUGCCACCUUUCCAGAAGCACCUCAGGAGGAGGCUUCUCUCAGCAAUAGGCUCAAGACGUAUGCCAACUUUCCGGAUGCACCUCAGGAGGAGGCUUCUCUCAGCAAUAGGAUCAAGACGUAUGCCAACUUUCUGGAAGCACCUCAGGAGGAGGCUUCUCUCAGCAAUAGGAUCAAGACGUAUGCCAACUUUCCGGAUGCACCUCAGGAGGAGGCUUCUCUCAGCAAUAGGCUCAAGACGUAUGCCAACUUUCCAGAAGCACCUCAGGAGGAGGCUUCUCUCAGCAAUAGGCUCAAGACGUAUGCCAACUUUCCAGAAGCACCUCAGGAGGAGGCUUCUCUCAGCAAUAGGCUCAAGACGUAUGCCAACUUUCCAGAAGCACCUCAGGAGGAGGCUUCUCUCAGCAAUAGGAUCAAGACGUAUGCCAACUUUCCGGAAGCACCUCAGGAAGAGGCUUCUCUCAGCAAUAGGCUCAAGACGUAUGCCAACUUUCCAGAAGCACCUCAGGAGGAGGCUUCUCUCAGCAAUAGGCUCAAGACGUAUGCCAACUUUCCAGAAGCACCUCAGGAGGAGGCUUCUCUCAGCAAUAGGAUCAAGACGUAUGCCAACUUUCCGGAAGCACCUCAGGAGGAGGCUUCUCUCAGCAAUAGGCUCAAGACGUAUGCCAACAUUCCAGAAGCACCUCAGGAGGAGGCUUCUCUCAGCAAUAGGCUCAAGACGUAUGCCAACUUUCCAGAAGCACCUCAGGAGGAGGCUUCUCUCAGCAAUAGGCUCAAGACGUAUGCCAACUUUCCAGAAGCACCUCAGGAGGAGGCUUCUCUCAGCAAUAGGCUCAAGACGUAUGCCAACUUUCCAGAAGCACCUCAGGAGGAGGCUUCUCUCAGCAAUAGGAUCAAGACGUAUGCCAACUUUCUGGAAGCACCUCAGGAGGAGGCUUCUCUCAGCAAUAGGCUCAAGACGUAUGCCAACUUUCCAGAAGCACCUCAGGAGGAGGCUUCUCUCAGCAAUAGGCUCAAGACGUAUGCCAACAUUCCAGAAGCACCACAGGAGGAGGCUUCUCUCAGCAAUAGGAUCAAGACGUAUGCCAACUUUCCGGAAGCACCUCAGGAGGAGGUUUCUCUCAGCAAUAGGUUCAAGACCUAUGCCAACUUUCCAGAAGCACCUCAGGAGGAGGCUUCUCUCAGCAAUAGGCUCAAGACGUAUGCCAACUUUCCAGAAGCACCUCAGGAGGAGGCUUCUCUCAGCAAUAGGCUCAAGACGUAUGCCAACUUUCCAGAAGCACAUCAGGAGGAGGCUUCUCUAAGCAAUAGGCUCAAGACGUAUGCCAACUUUCCAGAAGCACAUCAGGAGGAGGCUUCUCUAAGCAAUAGGAUCAAGACGUAUGCCAACUUUCCGGAAGCACCUCAGGAGGAGGCUUCUCUCAGCAAUAGGAUCAAGACGUAUGCCAACUUUCCGGAAGCACCUCAGGAGGAGGCUUCUCUCAGCAAUAGGCUCAAGACGUAUGCCAACUUUCCAGAAGCACGUCAAGAGGAGGCUUCUCUCAGCAAUAGGAUCAAGACGUAUGCCAACUUUCCGGAAGCACCUCAGGAGGAGGCUUCUCUCAGCAAUAGGCUCAAGACGUAUGCCAACUUUCCAGAAGCACGUCAAGAGGAGGCUUCUCUCAGCAAUAGGCUCAAAACGUAUGACAACUUUCCAGAAGCACCUCAGGAGGAGGCUUCUCUCAGCAAUAGGCUCAAGACGUAUGCCAACUUUCCAGAAGCACCUCAGGAGGAGGCUUCUCUCAGCAAUAGGCUCAAGACGUAUGCCAACUUUCCAGAAGCACCUCAGGAGGAGGCUUCUCUCAGCAAUAGGCUCAAGACGUAUGCCAACUUUCCAGAAGCACCUCAGGAGGAGGCUUCUCUCAGCAAUAGGAUCAAGACGUAUGCCAACUUUCUGGAAGCACCUCAGGAGGAGGCUUCUCUCAGCAAUAGGCUCAAGACGUAUGCCAACUUUCCAGAAGCACCUCAGGAGGAGGCUUCUCUCAGCAAUAGGCUCAAGACGUAUGCCAACAUUCCAGAAGCACCACAGGAGGAGGCUUCUCUCAGCAAUAGGAUCAAGACGUAUGCCAACUUUCCGGAAGCACCUCAGGAGGAGGUUUCUCUCAGCAAUAGGUUCAAGACCUAUGCCAACUUUCCAGAAGCACCUCAGGAGGAGGCUUCUCUCAGCAAUAGGCUCAAGACGUAUGCCAACUUACCAGAAGCACCUCAGGAGGAGGCUUCUCUCAGCAAUAGGUUCAAGACCUAUGCCAACUUUCCAGAAGCACCUCAGGAGGAGGCUUCUCUCAGCAAUAGGCUCAAGACGUAUGCCAACUUUCCAGAAGCACCUCAGGAGGAGGCUUCUCUCAGCAAUAGGCUCAAGACGUAUGCCAACUUUCCAGAAGCACAUCAGGAGGAGGCUUCUCUAAGCAAUAGGCUCAAGACGUAUGCCAACUUUCCAGAAGCACAUCAGGAGGAGGCUUCUCUAAGCAAUAGGAUCAAGACGUAUGCCAACUUUCCGGAAGCACCUCAGGAGGAGGCUUCUCUCAGCAAUAGGAUCAAGACGUAUGCCAACUUUCCGGAAGCACCUCAGGAGGAGGCUUCUCUCAGCAAUAGGCUCAAGACGUAUGCCAACUUUCCAGAAGCACGUCAAGAGGAGGCUUCUCUCAGCAAUAGGAUCAAGACGUAUGCCAACUUUCCGGAAGCACCUCAGGAGGAGGCUUCUCUCAGCAAUAGGCUCAAGACGUAUGCCAACUUUCCAGAAGCACGUCAAGAGGAGGCUUCUCUCAGCAAUAGGAUCAAGACGUAUGCCAACUUUCCGGAAGCACCUCAGGAGGAGGCUUCUCUCAGCAAUAGGCUCAAGACGUAUGCCAACUUUCCAGAAGCACGUCAAGAGGAGGCUCCUCUCAGCAAUAGGCUCAAAACGUAUGACAACUUUCCAGAAGCACCUCAGGAGGAGGCUUCUCUCAGCAAUAGGCUCAAGACGUAUGCCAACUUUCCAGAAGCACCUCAGGAGGAGGCUUCUCUCAGCAAUAGGAUCAAGACGUAUGCCAACUUUCCAGAAGCACCUCAGGAGGAGGCUUCUCUCAGCAAUAGGAUCAAGACGUAUGCCAACUUUCCGGAUGCACCUCAGGAGGAGGCUUCUCUCAGCAAUAGGAUCAAGACGUAUGCCAACUUUCCAGAAGCACCUCAGGAGGAGGCUUCUCUCAGCAAUAGGCUCAAGACGUAUGCCAACAUUCCAGAAGCACCUCAGGAGGAGGCUUCUCUCAGCAAUAGGAUCAAGACGUAUGCCAACUUUCCAGAAGCACCUCAGGAGGAGGCUUCUCUCAGCAAUAGGAUCAAGACGUAUGCCAACUUUCCAGAAGCACCUCAGGAGGAGGCUUCUCUCAGCAAUAGGCUCAAGACGUAUGCCAACUUUCGGGAAGCACCUCAGGAAGAGGCUUCUCUCAGCAAUAGGCUCAAGACGUAUGCCAACAUUCCAGAAGCACCUCAGGAGGAGGCUUCUCUCAGCAAUAGGCUCAAGACGUAUGCCAACUUUCCAGAAGCACCUCAGGGGGAGGCUUCUCUCAGCAAUAGGCUCAAGACGUAUGCCAACAUUCCAGAAGCACCUCAGGAGGAGGCUUCUCUCAGCAAUAGGCUCAAGACGUAUGCCAACUUUCCAGAAGCACCUCAGGGGGAGGCUUCUCUCAGCAAUAGGAAUCCCAAAAUCCCUGUGGCUACUGGAAAGGUUCCUUGGGUGCCCUGUGUCACCUCGAGAAGCGUCCCUUUUGCCCUGCCAAGCCUCGAAGAGAUUCCUGAGGUGUCCAUCGUUACUAGACAGGAGUCCUGA